ACACUUUCCGACAUAUCGAAAUUUUUAUAUGCUAAUUUAUAAGUAUUAUAACAGCAUCACAUCUUUAAUUAUAACAAAUAAAUAUGAACCAAAGUGAGACCAAAGUAUUUCCAAUAAUAUUAGCAUAGACAAAGUAAAUAGUCAUUACUGAGUGUAGUUGACAGUUGUUAUGAAUUUGUAGUCGUAUUUCCAAAGCAAAACUGAUAUAAAAGCAAAAGAAAAUAAUUAAAUAAGCAUGACCGAUAUAGUUAAACCUGAUGUGAUAUGGAUAGAAGGUAGAUGUUAUCGAGUUAACGACCCUACAUCGGAGGUAACUUCAUUGCAAGAACACGAUACGUAUGAGAAUGACACUCCUAUCAAUGAUUUGGAUGAUGAAUAUGAUGAUGAUAAUGUUGAGGUUGUUAUGAUGGAUGAUUCCAGGUUUUGCACAAAUUUACAUGUUUCUAAGCACUACAUGGGAUAUAUUAUUGGAAAAAAAGGUGCUGUGAAAUAUAGAAUUGAAAGAGAUACUCGAACACAAAUAAAAGUUCCAAAGCCAGGGCAGGCCGGAGACAUAGUCAUUUUGGGACAAUCCCCAUCUAGUGUAAAAGCUGCAAGAAGAAGAAUAAAUAUCAUUGUGAUGUCAUCAAGAAUGAAGCAAAGGCCCACACAUUUUAUAUCAAUUCCAAUGAAUAAUUCAAAUAUUGUAGCAAAUUUUGAAAGAUUCAAAGCAGAAGUACUAAAAGAGUGUCCCAAUUUUGAUGAAUCUCUAUUCAUACGAGCACAAAAAUUACACAUAACAAUGGGCGUGAUGUGUUUAAUGGACAACGAGGAGAGAUUGUUGGCAUCAAAACUUCUUACUGAAGCUAACGAGAAAGUUAUUGCACCUUUAUUACAAAGUCGAGCACCUCCAAAAAUCAAAUUGAAAGGACUAUCGUAUAUGAAUGAUGACCCAAAGCAAAUUGAUGUGUUAUAUGGAAAUGUCCAAGAAGAGGGCCACCCCACCGGGUUUUUGCAGAACUUGGGAGAUUCAUUAGUGGAUCAUUUCUACAAAGCAGGUAUCAUGGAUCGAGAUCACGGGAGAGAAAAUAUUAAAUUGCACGUUACAUUGAUAAACUCCAAGUACAGGGGCCAGUCGGAUGCAAAUAUCGAUAAUGCUACAAACCAUAGUAGAAGGUCGAGGCAAAGCUUUGACGGUUCUCAAAUUCUGAACAAAUUUUCUGAAUAUGACUUUGGUGUAAUGGAGUUAACUGAAAUACACAUUUCACAGCGGUAUGCUAUCGGCACGGAUGGAUAUUACCAACCCACUUUUGUUUUAAGUCUUAAUUAACUUUAGUGACAAUAAACGUUUAUACGAAACGUA